AUGGUUCAGUCUGAGACUGAGAGGUCCUUGGAGCCGAUGUACCAGGGAAUGGCCAAGAGGUACAUCGCUGCUGGAGUGGAGAAGGCUGGCUACCACUGGAUGGACAGGGAUUGCUGUGCACCAUUCAAGAUCCUGGACUGCAUCCCUGGUGAGGAAUUGCACUGGGACGCCUGGAAGACUACCCCUUCCAUCAUCACUCAGGCCACCUCCGGACAGCUGGAGAACACCUGUGCCUCACGGUGCUUUUACAACAGCAACAUCAUUGUAAAGCUGGACUUGUUCCACUGCUUGAGGCGUUUUUCACGUGAGUGCACAUCUGAGCAUCACCCUCUGUACAGCACUUUCUGCCAGCUCCUCUCUGCUGCCUUCUUUGUGGUUGAUCAGGACGACUUCAAGAGGCUUGAGGCUGCAUAUGCUUUCUGUGGGAUCCAUCCAGCCAAUCCCACAAAACAACACACCAGAGAGCAUUGCAGGACCAAGAUCCCUCAACCCACAGAGCUGCUGGUCAGAGUGGAAAAAGUGCUGAGUCAUUUUCAUCUCGCCACAGACCCUAACAACGUCCCACUCUUCAAAUCCUCCAUGCUGAAGACGUGGCGCAUACAGAGGGUGCACAUUCUCCGCGGCUGCCUCAGUGACCCUGAACUCUCUGCAGGCAUUAUGUACAGGUACGGCGGGACUCUGCAGCUGAACCAUGUACCUGAUGAAGGCGCCAAAGUCCCCAUAUGGAUCCCUGUCAGAGGUACCUCACAGCAGGAGGGGUAUCAUUUCCACCAGGCCCAGUGGAUUACCGGGACCCACGUCUCAUCCGAAUUAUUUCAGGCUCAGGGCAUGACAGGGGUGGCACGCUGGAACUUCCAACGGCUAGUGGACCUGAAGCAGCCCGGUGUCCUCCUCCCUGCUGUGUUCGAUCCAGCUUUAAUGGUUGAGCUGAACUCUGUCUCCAGGAAAGUGAUGGGUCAAGAAAAGUACCCUGCACUUCAUCUCUCUGACAGAGACACUGGAGAGAGGUUUGGUCUGGAGUACACAGAGCCAGGCUGCCGUCCAGUUCCUCUUGACUGGGAUAAGCACAGAACCCAGAAGAGAGAGGUAUCACCUGCCUCUGUGCCUCCGACCCCUGUGCACACACCGGCUCCAGCCCCGUCUCCAGCUCCAAACACAGCACACUCCAUCAGCUGGGCUCCACCCUCUGGCAUGGUAUCCACUGGACCAGAACCAUCUGCUGGGCCGUCAGAGGACGACCAGGAGCCUCCAGCAUCGAUGGAUAUCUCAUAUGCCCUGCCCCUGCCACUGAGAUCGUCACCGAGAAGUGCCCGCACUGGGACCAUUAAGACGGGUGGACGGGUAUUUGUGUUGGACCACACACGCUGGACACCUCCCAUGAAAGUUGCCAUCGACAGCUUGCUACAGAAGCACCAUGGUGAGAAGGAUAUGUUGAAGGUUGUGGACAAGGAAUAUGCAGACAUGGUCCAUCGGUCUGCUGCAGAUCCUAACAGCCUGCUACACCCCACAACCAGGUUGCACAUAUCCCGCUACAGUGGAUAUAAAAAGAUUUUUUCUGAGUAUCAUCCCACUGAAAAAGCCAUUGGCUGUGUAGAGCUUACUCAGCAGCACCUGGCAAAGCUUCUCAACACCAGUUCGGCUUUGAACACCAGCCAGGAAAGGCUUCUGGAGACACAGCAGCUGUGGCAUUCUUUGACAGAGGGCGGUGACACGGCCAGCGUCCCUGUGGUCACCUUGGAGCCUGCCAUCUUCAAUCCUCCUGCACCUGCUCUGUCCACACCUCUGACACAGGACUCCAUUGUGAAAAUUGUGGAGGCCAUUGUGGAGAAGCAGCAGCCACAGCCACCACCAGAGCAUAAAAGAAGGCAGACCAAGACCUGUCUUGGCUGUGGACAGCCUAAGUCUCGUUAUGAGACUGAUGGCUCUUCAGUCCACUUUUUCUAUCAACAAGGUCCUGUGCGCUAUUUCUACUGCUCAAAGAAGGUGCAUCAGUGUUAUGCUUCUGAGGGACUCUCUAACCCCAAAAUGCCCUUUGAAGAAUUUGCAGGGACAGAAUUCUUUCAGAGGGAGCUGGACGCCACCAAGAAACGGGUGUUGGAGAAGAUGGAGAAGAAGAGGAAAAGGCCAGACGCCCAGCCAGCUAGCCGCCUCUGCCGAUUCUGCCACCUGGAGCUUAAACAGGGACCAAACAGUCCACACAUUCACACAGGCUUCCCUGGGGUGGCAGGUAAGUACAUUUACUGCCCAUCUAAAGUGUACUCUCUUUACCAUGAUAAGGGCAUGUCCAAGGAGAUGAACUGGAUGGAGUUUAAGCAGUCUCCUUUCUAUGAGGCAGAGAGACAAAGAUGGGUGGCAGAGAAAAAGUGA